CAUGCCCGAUGGAAGCUUCAACAAUAUCCUUGAGCCUAACCUGGGUAAGGCGGGAACGCCUUACGCCAAGACCGUCAAGUCUACAAAGCGGCUCCAUGGUGUGCGACCAGACGCAAGCUUGCUUUUUGAUCUCUUGAUGGCCCGUGAAGAGGACGACUCCAAAGAAAACGAGGCGGGUCUCUCGUCUAUGCUUUUCUAUCAUGCGUCCAUUAUCAUCCAUGAUAUCUUUCGAACUCGACGCACAGAUAUGAACAAGUCCGACACCUCAUCGUACCUUGACUUGGCACCGCUCUAUGGCUCCUCUCUCACGGAUCAACUGGAGAUUCGCACCAUGGUGGAAGGUAAACUCAAGCCUGACACCUUUCACGAGAAACGUCUGCUUGGACAACCUGCGGGCGUCAACGUCAUGCUGGUUCUCUACAGCCGUUUCCACAACUACGUUGCAGAUAUUCUGCUCAAGAUCAACGAGAAUGGGCGUUUCACACUGGCAUGCACCAGCGAUGCGAGCCCAGAAGAUCAGGCCAAGGCAAAGGCCAAGCAGGACCAUGACCUCUUCAACACAGCUCGCCUGAUCGUCGGCGGAAUGUACAUCAACAUCUGCUUGCACGACUAUCUGCGCGCCGCGACGAAUACGCAUCAUUCAGACAGUGACUGGACACUUGACCCACGCAUUGAGAUCGGAAAACAGUAUGAUGGCGAAGGCGUUCCCCGUGGUGUUGGCAACCAGGUCAGCGUCGAGUUCAACCUACUUUACCGUUUCCACUCGUGCAUUUCGAAAAAGGACGAGCGUUGGAUGAAUGAUUUCUUUCUCAAGCUCUUCCCGGGUCGCAAAGCUGAUGAUUUAGAAAACAUCAGCUGGCACGAACUCGGAGCAGCCCUCGUGGACUUCGAAAAGAAAAUCCCGAAAGACCCCUCCGCUCGCACAUUCGCUGGUCUGGAGCGACAGGCAGACAACACCUUCAAGGACGAGGACCUCGCUCGGAUACUCAAAGAGGCCAUGGACGACCCUGCCGGCGCCUUCGGUGCCCGCAGAGUGCCUAAAGCUCUCAAGAUCGUAGAGGUCCAAGGUAUUCUCCAGGCCCGCAAGUGGCAGGUUGCGUCCCUCAAUGAAUUUCGCGACUUCUUUGGGCUUAAGAGGCACGAAAAGUUCGCGGACAUCAAUAAAGACCCUGAUAUUGCCCAUAUCUUGGAAAAGCUGUACACAGACCCCGACAUGGUUGAGCUCUAUCCUGGACUUAUGCUUGAAGAUAUCAAGCCUGCGCGCAACGCUGGCAGUGGCCUCUGCCCGCCGUUUACGGCCGGACGGGCCGUUCUCGCUGAUGCCAUCACCCUCGUGCGCUCCGACAGGUUCUACACUAUCGACUACAACGUUGCGACGCUGACAAACUGGGGCCACAAUGAGGUACAACAGGACUACAAGACCCUCGGUGGGUCGAUGCUGUACAAGCUCAUCCAACGCGGCCUUCCCGGCUGGUUCCCGUUCAAUUCGGUCGCCGUCAUGCAACCCAUGUACACGAAAAAGAUGAAUGAGACAAUUGCCAAGGAGAUUGGCACCAUCAAGCAGUAUACGCUGGACGACCCGAGGCCGCCGCGCAAGCGUGUUGUCCUCACCACUGCGGCUGCCAUCAAGCAGGUACUGGGUAACACCAAGCAAUUCGUGGUACCCUGGCUCUCGGGUUUAAACAAUGUCUUCCCUGGAGAAAAAGACUUCAGUUGGUUCAUGCUGGCUGGUGAUGAACCUCGCAACUUUGCCCAUCGUGCCAGUUUCAGCAAGGCAAUGGGCAAGGUGGAGAAUUUGCACGGCGCAGUGCACAAUUUCGUCCAGAAUAUCGGGAAACAGAUCAUCGACCAGGAGACAUUUCAGCUCAAGGAGGGCCUCAAUCAGAUUGAUCUGAUUCGGGAUGUGGCCAUUCCGCUCAAUGCGCGCCUGCUCGCUGAUCUAUUCUAUCUAGACAUGCGCAGCGACGAGAACCCGACAGGCAGCCUCAGCUCUACCGAGCUCUAUCGACACCUCAUCAACCUUAGAAUCUGGUGCAUCAACAAUGAUGAUCCUGCUCAGGCUUGGAAUCGUCGACGUCGUGCGCAAGAAGGUGCCAAGGUCAUGACCAAGUCUACCCGCCAGCUCGUUGACGAGGUGGUUCUGAACCGCGGCUAUGGCUUUGGCAUUACCAACGCCCUUUCUCACGUGGCGUCGCGGAGGGCUUAUCUCAAGAAGGGUUCACUACGUUCAUGCGGGUACCAGCUAGCCGAACAGUUGCUUGCUCAGGGCAGCUCGUCCGAGCGUGCGACCGAUGAGCUAUACCUGUCGGCUUUUGCAGGCGUCGGGGUGCCGGUCACUCUGUUCUACGAAGUCAUGGAGUACUUCCUACGCCCCGAAAACGCGGCUAUUUGGGCCGAGGUCCAAGUCCUCGCGAAGAAUGGCGCCCACGACUUACUUCACGAAUAUGUCAAAGAAGCGCAGCGUCUGACAAGCACGCAGCGCAACCUAAGAGUCGCGACGCAGCCAGCUGAGCUCGAGGGAAAGUCUGUCGAGCCGGGUAACAUUGUAAUAAUGCUACUUGGAGAGGCCGGGCGUGAUCCUAGAGAGGUUUCCGACCACGCCAAGUUCAAUCCGAAACGUGGAUCAGAUGGUAUCCGAGCGUAUGGCUAUGGCCAGCACGGCUGUCUUGGCAAAGAGGUAUCGGACGCUUUUGUGACUGGCCUGGUCCAGCUUGUGGCCGAUCUUAAACAGCUGCGACCUGCUCCCGGCCAGAUGGGCCGGGUGAAGACGAUCAAUCUUCCCACAGGCAAAGCGUAUCUCAACGACAGCUGGUCGUACCUUGCUUUUGAUGCCAGCACCUGGAAGGUACAUUUCAAUGGCCAUGGACAAGGUAAUUAUGAAGGAAACCGCGAGCCUACAGACCCUAUCGAUAUUCAGCAGCAUUACUAUAGUCUCCUCAAGCGGAAGGGGGGCUCUUGAAAGGACACACUGGAUUGCGGUUGGGGGUUAGCUACUAGCUUGCAACCGUUAGACGGCAAUGCAUUACGUCUCAAUAGAGCUACUAGUACCGCACAGAAGAAGAUAAUAGCAAUAACGAAAUUUCCAUUUAAUACG